AUGGCAGGUUUAGAUCAAUACGAGACCUCAGAGUCAAACAUUGGCAACAUGGAAGGGGUAUAUGGGCCUGGUCUGGACUUGGACCAGUUAGGAUCACCAGAGUGGCCAUUUGCAGAGCCGGAUAUGUUUCUCUCGGCGUCAAAAUUGACUGAACCGGAUGAUACGGUUAUUGAGCCUUUGAUGUCUCCCAACACUGAGCCAAAGGACGGGAAGUUGAAUGCAGACGUAGGAAAGGAAUACUUAUGCCAUUUCGAGUUUGCACGAUCUUGCGAGGAAUGGCAAUACGUUGCAAGCAGACACACAGAUCAAAUUACACAUCCUCGCCAGUGUCUUCACACACAUAAAAUCAUCCUCAUCAUCUUCGAUUUGGAUAAAAUUGCUAUAAGGAUUGACAAUCUGGACAAUGCCCUCAACACCAAUAAAGAGGCCCUUCGUCAUGGAAACGAUAUGAUCGAUUGCGAGAUCUGCAUGGUUCACUUUGAAAAUAUAACCAUUCUUACGUCUCUAAUAGAGAAACUUGGGAAGACAUGUCAAGAUAUCUCGAGUGCCUAUUCACAAUUAUUAUCUUCAACGCCGGCUCCUGGGGGUACUGCCCAGCUAGCUGUUCCUAAUUUAGUACUAGGAAGCUACGUGGUGGAUUCAUUAGAUGAGCACAGAAUACUAGUCCAAGGACUACUGAGUCUGCAGAUCAAAAGUAUUCAUACUAUGAUACAGCGCCUGGAUCAGAUCGCGCUGAAAUACCGCUCAGAAACGAUAACAAGGCGUUUGAUCACGACUAAGCAGCUGUUGGCUCAAUAA